AUGGCGCUUGCCUUUCUGUCUGGGAACCACCACAUCUCCUUCAUUGGCUGUGGUGCUCAGCUCUUCCUCUUCAUGACCCUGGUGGGAGCAGAGUGCCUUCUGCUGGCAGCCAUGGCUUAUGAUCAUUACGGGGCCAUCUGCCACCCACUGCGCUACCCCAUCUUCAUGCGUCCCUUGAUCUGCCUGCUCAUGGUGGUUGGGUCCUGGCUGGGCGCACUGCUAAAUGCCUUGAUUCAUGUAGUCUACACACUGACUCUCCCUUACUGCAUCUCCAGGGAAAUACAUCAUUUCUUUUGUGAGAUCCCAGCCCUGUUGAAACUGGUCUGUGUGGACACUUCCCAAUAUGAAAAGGCUCUUUUUGUCAGUGGUGUUAUUUUUCUCCUCCCUCCCAUCUCAGCCAUCAUGGCAUCCUAUGGAAAAAUACUGUCCAUCGUACUGAAAACAGGCUCAAGCGUGAACCUCAGGAAAACCUUGGCCACUUGCUCUUCUCACAUGACUGUAGUAUCUCUAUUCUACGGGGCUGCAAUCAUCAAGUACCUUCUGCCAAAGUCCUACCACACCCCUGAGCAAGAUGUGCUGGUCUCUGUCCUCACCUUACUUGCACCUGUGCUCAACCCCCUUAUUUACAGUCUGAGAAACAAGGACGUCCCUAGGGCCCUUAGGAAAGUUCCCAAAAAUAAGGAAUAA